AAAUGAAUUGGAUCUUCUGAUUAUGGACUCUGAAGGGAUGGGAUCUAUUGCAGCUAAAUAUAUAUCCAGACGCACAGAAUUCGAUAAAAAAAUGACACUUCUUGGCCUUAUGUGCUCUCAGAUUUUGAUAAUCAACACUAAAGGAUUGACACGAGAUAUCUCAGAUAUUUUAGAAGUUUCCUCUUAUCAUUUGGGUGCAUUAAGCACCAGAGAGUCCAAACCAAGAAUUAGUUUCGUUAUACGGGACAUGAAAGAUUCUAAAAAAGCCCAACAUACUGCAUUUUGUGGUAUUUAUGAAAGCUUAAAGAAGAUGUUUGAAGAAAUUCCAGAUUCUUCAUAUGAUAUGGACGAUUUUAUGAUCGUGGAAGAAAAAGAUGUUCAUUUGCUAGAAAAUGCUUUCACAUGUUUUUUCGAUGAUUUUUGUCCGAAAUCCUUUAAGGAUCAUUAUGGAACCACAAUAAUUUCGUACAAGAAAGCGGGAUUAAAACUGAUAGAAGAACGCGCCAGCAAAGGUAAAUGGGAUGAAAAGGAUGAUGAAUAUAUUGAAAUCGAACUUACGCGCGAAAAAGAAAAAUAUUAUAACGAGACGAUUGCUAGUUUUAAGGAAAAAAUUUCUGACCAAUUUGAUCCACAAAUAAUUGAUGAGGGAGAAA